AUGUCCGCUGAGAACAAUGAGACCGGCGGCUCUUUGGCCGACCGCAUCACCAAGCCAGAUGAGCCUUCUCAGCCCACCACAACCACGGAAUCCACCGAGAAGCAGACCGAUGAUGGUGCCGGAACUGCACUCCAGGGAUCAUCCCUCCAGGAGCCCGACUACCAGGUCGAGGUCAAGCUCAGCGACCUGCAGGCGGACCCGAACAACCCCCUGUUCUCUGUCAAGAGCUUCGAGGACCUUGGACUUGACCCCCGGAUCCUCAAGGGUCUCUCCGCCAUGAACUUCCGCAAGCCUUCCAAAGUGCAAGAGCGUGCGCUCCCGCUGUUGAUGCACAAUCCCCCCAAGAACCUUGUGGGACAGUCCCAAUCCGGAACUGGAAAGACUGCUGCCUUCGUCCUGAACGUUCUGAGCCGUGUCGACCUUUCCACAGAAGAAAUGCGGGCCACUCCUCAAGCCCUGAUCCUCGCUCCAACCCGUGAGCUGGCUCGUCAGAUUGUCGGUGUCGUGCACUCGAUGGGUCAAUUCCUUGACGGCCUCAGCAUUGGAACUGCAGUUCCCGCCGAUGCUUCCGCUCGGCCCAACCGGAUGACCGCCUCUGUCGUUGUUGGAACUCCCGGUACCGUACAGGAUAUGAUCAAGAGACGCAUCCUGAACCCCACCCGCCUCCAGGUGCUGGUUCUGGAUGAGGCCGACAACAUGCUUGAUCAGCAGGGUCUUGGAGACCAGUGUAUCCGCGUCAAGUCGAUGCUCCCUCGCACUAUCCAAGUCGUCCUCUUCUCCGCCACGUUCCCGGCCCACGUUCACCGCUAUGCUGCCAAGUUUGCCCCAGACGCAAAUGAGAUCACCCUUCAUCACGAGGAGUUGACUGUUGAGGGUAUCAAGCAACUGUACAUGGAUUGCAGCAACGAUGAGGAGAAGUACAGCAACCUCGUCCAGCUCUACGGCUUGCUGACUGUUGGCUCAUCCAUCAUCUUCGUCCGGACUCGUGCUUCCGCCGUUGAGAUUGAGAAGCGCAUGACCGCCGAAGGACACACAGUCGCUUCCCUCACUGGUGGUAUUGAGGGCUCCCAGCGUGAUGCCGUCAUCGAUGCCUUCCGCAAUGGCGAGGCCAAGGUUCUCAUCACGACCAACGUCCUUGCCCGUGGAAUUGACGUUUCUACCGUUUCCCUUGUUGUCAACUACGACAUCCCAGAGGUCUCUGGUCCUAACCGCAAGCGUGAGCCCGACUACCAAACAUACCUCCACCGUAUCGGUCGUACUGGUCGAUUCGGCCGUAUCGGUGUUGCCAUCUCCUUUGUGUCCAACCGGGAGGAGUGGGACAUGCUCCGCCAGAUCCAGCAGCACUUCACCUGCCAGAUCGAGCGCAUUGACACCAGCGAUUGGGAUGAGGUCGAGCGGAUCAUCAAGCGGACGAUCAAGAACUCUCGUGCCCAGGCUCAGUUCGCCCAGAACCAGUGA